AUGGCCACCGCGAAGAUCGCCACCCUCAUAAUCCGAACCAUUGCCAAACCUAUAAGUGCACAAAUCAAGCACCAAGCAACUCAACACGAACGCUUCCGACAUGUAUGCAUCAACCUCGCCCAGCUGAUGUACCGCUCCGAGGUCCGACUGCGGACAAAUAUCCUGGGCGAGCCCGCAAAACACAUACGGCCACUUUCCGAGACAAAAGCCAUCGAGAAUGGCGCAAAUGCGCUGGCCGAAGGCUUUCUUUUCUCCGUGGCUGCGGUCCUUAUCCUCGGCGAGACUUACCGCUCGUCCCGGAGCCAAUCGAAACGCAGGGACGUUGUGGACGAUCAUAUCGAAGACCUGGCCGCCAAAGUCGGGGAGCUGACAACGAAAGUAAACUCGUUGACAGAAACAUUUGAGGAACGGUUACGGGAGAUUGAGACGCGGGAUGAGCAUCUUCGGAGAGCAAUGGGCAGGAUUAUCGACAUAGGGCUUCGUGGCGGAUGGGCAGAGUUUGAGGGUACUCCACUACAACUCCCUCGUGUGGGACUGGUUCCCCCACAGAAGGACGGACCACCAUUAGAUGACGAGAAAUCAGACGCGUAA